AUGACGCUCUAUCCCGGACUUGGCCUGCCCCUGAGGCAUUAUCCUCUAGAAUAUGAUCCUCGAGAAGAUCACAAGUUUUACCCGCUGGGUCAACACGCGCAUUGUUGUGACUCGCACUCCGCUCUGCUUCCCGUGCGUGAAGUUGCUAUGAUGAACAUUAUGGAACAGUUGACCGACAAGGAAAACUGGCACAACCUGGUCUUCAACGAUGAGAUUGUGAAUGAGUGGCGGAAAGAAGCACUCGAGAAACCGAAUCGAGUUUACUGGAAAGAAGCUACUGAUAAAGGACCGGAUGCUCGUGACUGGGAGGUGCGACGGCCGCGUGGGAUUGUGGAUGCCGCUACUUUCGACUAUUGCGUCAAAGAGCUUCGAAAUAAAGCCAGUUACUACGUGGAGACGGGCAUUAUCCCUACUCUCGACGCAUCUGCAGCCAUCGCAAAGUCAGACGUAUUGGUUGCAGUAAGCCUCCGGGCUGAAUUACAGGAAGCCUUCAACAAGCUCAAGUUGGAUCAAAGAUCGAAACCCAACUGGCACCCUAGAUCCAAUGAGCAGGUGUUGGAUCUGGUGCAUCCUUCCAUGUAUCCUCUAGUAUACGGACGAACUAGGGUGCUUCAGGACGAAGUUGUCGGCGUUACUGAUGCGAUCCAUAGGUGGGCGGGAAAAGGAGAACCCAUCGCCAAGGACAUCAGUAAUCCUAGUCGCGACCGUUGGGGAAUGGCUUCGCUGGACUCGUAUUGGUCUAACACGUACCAAUGGCUUCCUGCCAAUGUGGAAUUCAUGGAGGACGGCACUGUCAAGUUUGCGAGCUACAUCAACAACUUGCAUCCUCAGAAAUAUCCGCAAAUCUACCGCACCAUCGAAAAGCUUAUUGAAGCCGCCCUCCCGACUUGGGAUCAGUGCUUAUCCCUGCGACUCAAAGAUGGAAAGAAGAAUGGUGCUGGACGCACCGGAUCUCGGUUUCCGUUGCAGGAUAUCAAUGACGAAGUCGCGGGCAUUUGGGAUCCCUCAAGCCCCCAGCCGUUGGAUGAAGUUGAUGAAGAUGACGGUGAAGACGAUGGUAGAGCUAGUGAAGACGACGACGAAGAUGAAGACGACGUUGAAUUUGCAGAAGAAGAGGAAGAUCCAGCUAUUGUUGAGUGGAAAGAAACGCGAAAUCCAAUACACCCCCGCGUGCCCGAGUUCGAGGACAUAGAAUAUGCCCAGCGUGAGACAGCUCGCCUAGCCCACAAGUUCAAGAAGACGGGCCUUCAAGUCAUAGUCAAAAUGACAUCUAUUGAGCUCACGCCGGAGAAACCAGAAUUUCCCGCUGGUGAGUGGGACAUAACUAAGGAGUGGCACGUUGAUGGACAGAUGAACGAACACAUCUGCGCCACAGCGCUAUAUUGCGUGGAUAGCGAAAAUGUCGCUCCUAGCAGUAUCCUUUUUUGUAUGCAAACAGAGCAAGGUCUUGGUGGAGUCUAUGAGUCAGUUACGAACUUUACAUGCUCCUGGUUGGAGCGCACCCACGGAACGAGCCUCGAGGACGGCGGCACAAGACGGCAGAUGUACGGAGCCGUGCAAAUGCAGGAGGGUCGUUUGUUGGCGUUUCCAAAUGUGUUCCAGCAUAAAGAGUCUUCGAUCAAGCUAAAGGACCCCAGCAAGCCAGGAACCAGACACCUCAUUUCACUACGACUUGUUGACCCCAGUAUGCGAAUCAUCUCUACGGCCAACGUUCCGCCACAGCAGCGUGACUGGUGGCUUGGCGCAGUUUUGAGACAACCUCUUCAGUCCGACGGCUCUACGCUGGCAAACCUCCCGCCGGAUCUUGUCGCGAUACUGGAACAGAAGAACAUGUCUGGCGGUGAGCUGCCUGUUGAAAUCUUGGACAUGGUACGAGCCCACUUACACAACGACGAGUCUUUUCUGCCGAUGACCGAGGAAGAAGCCAGAAAACAUCGGGCUGAGCUAUUGCAAGAGCGUAUCGAACACCAUACUCGAGCCUGGCUUUCGUGGGCAGAUAGCGCGUAUGUUCUUUGA